UGUGCAAAAGUGAUAGUGUCAAUAAAAGUGACCGGCGCUUUGGCUGAUGCUACAGUUUCUCAUCGAGUUUGACGCAAGUCACGUUAAAUAUUAGAACGAGAUCGCGCGGACUUUUAUUUUCUAUAAGUUCUUCGCUAAAGAAGAGAGUAAAUUGGCUUAUCAUGAACAUCGACGAGUUUCAAGUACGUGGAAAGGAGAUGGUCGAGUAUAUAUCCGAGUAUUUUCGUACCUUGGAAGGUAGAAGAGUCACUGCAAAUGUUGAUCCAGGAUAUUUGCGACCCCUUUUGCCAAACGAGGCACCAGCUAAACCCGAAUCAUGGGAUGCCAUUAUGAAAGACGUCGAAGGGAAAAUAAUGCCUGGUAUCACGCACUGGCAACAUCCAAGAUUUCACGCAUAUUUUCCAUCAGGCAAUUCCUUCCCGUCUAUCUUAGCCGGCAUGUUAUCAGAUGGAAUAGGUUGCAUCGGUUUUUCGUGGGCAUCCAGUCCCGCUUGUACAGAAUUGGAAACUAUUGUUCUCGAUUGGUAUGCUAAAGCUAUUGACCUACCAAGAGAAUUUUUAUCAGAAGAGAAGACAUCUAAAGGUGGCGGAGUUAUUCAAGGUUCAGCAUCUGAGUGCAUUUUAGUGACAAUGCUAGCUGCUCGAACUCAUGCUAUAAAAUUACUGAAAGAACAGGAACCGGACCUAGAAGAUUCAGCUUUCUUGCCAAGAUUGGUUGCUUAUUGCUCGACAGAAGCUCAUUCUUGUGUGGAGAAAGCAGCAAUGAUAAGUUUAGUCAAAUUAAGAGUUCUCCAGCCAGAUGACAAGGCUUCUCUUCGUGGUAAAAGACUGGAAACAGCAAUUAAGGAAGACGUAGCUAAUGGUUUGGUACCAUUCUUUGUAUCCACUACAUUGGGUACAACUGGAUCGUGUUCUUUUGAUAAUCUCGUUGAAAUUGGACCAGUUUGUAAGCUUUAUUCUAGUAUUUGGUUACACGUGGAUGGUGCUUAUGCUGGUAACUCAUUUAUUUGUCCAGAGAUGAGACCUUUCAUGGCUGGAAUCGAACAUGCUGAUUCCUUUAAUACAAAUCCUAAUAAAUGGUUAUUAGUUAACUUUGAUUGUUCGUGUUUAUGGGUUAAGAAUAGAGUAAAAUUGACAUCUGCUUUGGUUGUGGAUCCUCUUUACCUUCAACACGCUAGAUCAGGUGAAUCUAUUGAUUAUCGUCAUUGGGGUAUACCGCUGAGCAGAAGAUUCAGAGCUUUGAAACUUUGGUUUGUCAUGAGAACUUAUGGUAUAACUGGGCUACAAAAAUAUAUAAGAAAUCAUAUUAGAUUAGCAAGAAGAUUCGAAGCUCUCAUGAAAAAAGACAGAAGAUUUGAAAUAAUGAACGAUGUACGCGUCGGUCUUGUAUGUUUUCGAUUGAAAGAAUCAGAUGAGAUCAAUCAAGAACUCUUGGCGAAUAUCAAUGCAUCUGGAAGAUUACAUAUGAUUCCUGCUAGGGUAAUGGGUAAGUAUAUAUUGAGAUUUUGUGUUGUAAAAGAGAAUGCAAUGGAAGAAGAUAUUGACUAUGCCAUUGAAGUUAUCGAAGAGCAUGCAACAGAAGUCUUAUUGGCGCACUAUCAAGGUACCGAAGAUGAAUUUAGGGCUAAAGGUCCUAAGAGUCCUGCUGCAUUGGAUAAGAAACUUGUAAGAAAGUUCAGCUUCACCAGAAGUGUUACUAGAGAUGUCUACAAAAGAUCAAAAUCAAAGUCGAGUCUUCACGAUGGUGCAACACCCAUCAUGGUUGUAGAUGAUCAAGCACAAGAAGUUGAUAGCAUUGAAGAAAAUGUCUUCUGCAACAGUAGGUAGACCGCAACUGAGCUCACGGUACCUAAGAAAAGAAAUCAACUGUUCUCCUUGCCGUGAGCUUCUAAUCAUUUUCUUGAGUAUGGUACAUUGGAAAUAUAGAAUUUAUAAAGUGUGUCCUAGAAUUUCAACGAUUAAGAUUAAGAUUAAGAUUAGACUGAUACGUUUUUGAUCAACAUCUAAUAGAGCAUUGAAAAAUGUAAGCAUAUGAGUGUUCGAAUAUUAUCAAUCUUGAUAUAUAAGAAAUUAUUCAAACUUGAUAUCAUUUAUGCAAACAUAAGCAGAAAGGUAGAAAAAAACAAUAAAUCAUUUAAUGCGAUAAUAUUCUAACACUUAUAACUAUAUAAAAUAUGCAUACACUGAUAAUCGAUCUGCUUGUAUUAUUAUUGUACAUUAUCGUAGUUUGUAUGUACGAACUUGGUUUUAAUUUACUUACAUAAAACAAGUAGAAUCUAUAUUUGAGGAUAAUGGUGCCUAAAAAACAAAGUUACGAAUUUAUUCUUUGUUUUAGUACUUGGAACUUUUCAAAUGCACCGUAUAUAUAUUUAAAACUGUAAAACUUUUAUGUAAUAGUUAAGAAUCAUAUCAAUUUAUCCAAGUUAGAUACUAUGCAAUUAUGUAUACGUGUAAAAAUCGAAUAAUGAUGUGUAUAAACAGGCAACUAACGACUGCCAUUGUAUGCAAGAAUCGUAAUAAUUUUCUAUAUGCAAAGUAGUAUAUAUAUAUAUAUACAAAAUUGACUUUAAUUAACAAAUUUUAUAUAAAUGGUAAAAAAUAUAUGUACAAGGUGUCCUGUAACUGGUGAUACAAGCAAGCAGGAGGUAAUUUUACAUUAAAAGCUAAGUAGAGAACAUAAAAUAAAACUCUUUCAUACAAGACUUUGUUUUUGAGAAAAAUAAGUUGGAGAAUUUGUCGAGUACACGUGUACUACAUUUUCAAGUUAGUCUUUUAUAUAGAAAUACCUUCUUUUGCUUGUACCAUAAGUGACAAGGGACACUCUGUAUAUUGAAUAUAGAAAAUUGUAGAAAUAUGUUAGUCGACGGUAUGAAUGUAAAUUAUCUAUUAAGUAGUCGAACAUAUAUUUAUACGUAUGUUGCAAAAAAAGCGAUAAUUCAUUAUUUUCAAUAUGUUCAUUGAUAUUUAAAUAAUUUAUUAUGCCGAUUACUAAUCUAAAAUAACAAGAGUAAUAACAAAGACGAAAAAAUUUCUAGUUAAUAAAUAUGCAUAUUUUAUAUUACUCUGUUAAAUUACUAAUUUAUUAUUAAAUAUAAGAUUAAAAAAUUAAAAUAAAAGUAUUAUUUGCAACGAGAUUUAAAGAUGUCCUGAAUUUUUUAUUUCUAUGAUUAUGAAUUAAGAAUAAAUAAUAAAUAAUACCUGCUGUAUUAUAAUUGAAAUAAAGUAGCUCACAUAAAUAUCUCUUUGCACGAUUAUAAUUUACAAAUCAUACAGUAAAUAUGAAUAUUGUAUGUAAAGAAAAUAAAAAUAAAAACAUUUUUCAUUACGUAA